UCCGUCUUGACACAAAACUCUCGUCCGACCAACUCAAACCAACCCGGAACUUUUUUACGACAACUAAAAAACAUUCUUGGAAAGUUAUAACAAGGAGUUUCUUUGUGUUUUCGAACAGUUUGAAUGUGUUACUAAGAAAAAGGAACUUUUAAGGACUGAGGCUGUUUUAACCGAGGAGGUGGGGGAAAAAAGAGGAGACUUUCAAAUGUUUCUCGCUCGGUCUGCGGCGGCUCCUGCAGGACAGUAAAACCUCGACUUAUCUUUUCAAACCAGGUAGAGAGGCGAGGAUUCAAGAGGGGCCAACAUGCCUCAACAGAAGGACAUAGUGAAGAUAGCCAUCCAGAUGCCGGGGGCCUAUCCCCAGCUCAUACAACUGGACCAGAAAAAGCCUCUCUCUGCUGUGAUAAAGGAGGUGUGCGAUGGCUGGAAUCUCCCAGGUCCCGACAACUACGCCCUGCAGAAUGCAGACGGGGUUCAGACGUACAUCACUGAAUCGAAUCGUCUGGACAUUAAGAACGGCUGCAUUCUGCGUCUGACCAAGGCACCGGGUCGCUGUGCAGAAGACCUGUUCAAAGGCAUCCAGAGCUCCGAUUCAGGCGUGCGCUGUGAUUCGCUGAAGGAGCUGGCGAGCACAUCUACAGACGUUACAUUUGCACAGGAGUUCAUCAGCCGAGACGGACACCUCUUAUUGGUUAAGAUAGUCGAGGACUCAAAUGAGAGUAAUGUGAUCAUGACCCACACUCUGACAGGCUUCAUGGAACUGAUGGAUCAUGGGAUAGUUUCCUGGGAGAACCUCUCGUCGGUCUUCAUCAAGAAGAUUGCCAGCUUCGUCAACGCCAAGCCCACCGAUGCAUCCAUACAGCAGGUGUCCUUGGACAUCCUGGAGAGCAUGGUGCUGAGCAGUCACAGCCUCUUCCUGCAGGUCAAACUAGAAGUGACCAUGGAGAGACUCAUCGCUCACCUACAGGUGACAAACCAGCAGAUUCAGACCAAAGCCAUGGCGCUACUAAUGGCUCUACUACAAACAGCCGGAGACUCCGACCGACAGGAUAUGUUUGCAUUCCUGAGCAAGAAGAACCUCCGGCAGUACAUUUAUAAAAACAUCAUCCACAGUUCUGGUGCAGUCCAGGAUGAGAUGGCUCACUACCUCUAUGUGCUGCAGUCUGUUACCUUGAAUCACCUGGAGCCUCGCAUGAGGACGCCACUGGACUGUUACAGCCAGGAGCAGAGAGACAUCCUUCACGGCCUGCGUCAGGCGGCGUUUGAGACAGAAAGCGAGAACAGCCUGAGCCACGAGAGACGACGCUCGCUCUGCGCCAAAGAGUUCAAGAAGUUAGGCUUUUCUAACAAUAGUAACCCCGGUCAGGACUUGGUGCGAACGCCUCCAGGUCUUCUCGCUUUGGACACCAUGUUUUAUUUUGCUGCACGCUAUCCGGACGCCUACAGCAGGUUUGUCCUGGAGAACAGCAGUAGAGAGGACAAACACGAGUGUCCUUUUGCACGGAGCAGCAUCCAGCUCACUCUCAUCCUGUGUGAAAUCCUUCGUAUCGGCGAGCCUCCCUCAGAGACGGGAUCCCACUACCACCCCAUCUUCUUCAGUCAGGACCGGCUGAUGGAGGAGCUUUUCUGUGUCUGCAUUCAGCUGCUCAACAAGACCUGGAAGGAGAUGAGAGCCACACAGGAGGACUUCGACAAGGUGAUGCAGGUGGUGAGGGAGCAGAUCACCAGGACGUUGUCUAGUAAGCCGACCUCCCUGGAGCUCUUCAAGAACAAAGUGAACGCUCUGAACUACAGCGAGAUCCUCAAACUGAGGCAGACGGAACGGCUGCACCAAGAAGAGACUCUGGCUCCUCCUGUACUUGAACUAAAAGAGCGUCUGAAGCCAGAGCUGCUGGAGUUGAUACGCCAGCAGAGACUCAACAGGCUGUGUCAGGGAACCAUGUUCAGGAAGAUCAGCAGCCGACGCAGACAGGAUAAAUUAUGGUACUGCCGCUUGUCACCGAAUCACAAAAUGCUUCACUACGGUGACGUGGAAGAAGACACAGAGAAUCCACCGAUUGAAUCACUGCAGGAGAAGAUUCCUGUAGCAGACAUCAAAGGCCUGCUGACGGGAAAAGACUGUCCUCACAUGAAGGAGCACAAAGGCAAACAGAACAAGGAGGUGCUCGACCUGGCGUUUAGCAUCUCAUAUGACGUGGAAGAGUACAGCCUGAACUUCAUCGCCCCAUCCCGAACUGACUUCUGCCUGUGGACCGAUGGACUGAGCGUCCUCCUCGGCAGAGAGAUGAGCAGUGAGUCCAUGCGCAGCGAGCUGGAGAUCCUCCUCUCCAUGGAGAUUAAGCUCCGCCUCCUGGACCUGGAGAACGUUCCCAUUCCUGACAGCGCUCCGGUCAUCCCGAAACCGCCGAGCAACUACAACUUCUGCUACGACUUCAGCCAGACCGAGCAGUAGAGAGUGGAAAAAGUGUGAAUGUGUAAAUAUGUGUGUGUGUGUGUGACAUGUGCGUUCAUGCACUUAUUCCUAAAACACAGAUUUAUAACUAUGACAUUUUAUUCUUCUUCCUCUGCGGCCUCAUUUUUAAUCAUCCAAGUGAAACCGUGUGAACAUGAGCAAACUCGAGGAGAGUGACUUUAAACGACGACAACAGUUGUUUGUACUUUGACUGCACUAAUGCUGCACACUUUUCACCUCUCGUCUCGGAGACGGACGCUUUCAGGUCGUCUCUACGUUCACGCCUCCUCCUCACCUUUUCUAGACACUUCAACACAGCUCCAAAAAGCUAGACUCACCUUCUACAAUUCAACCACUCACUCAAGUAAUGAGUACUUUAGUUUUGUUUUAUAAUCAUUUUAAAGUCCUAUAUAUAUCUUAAACUAUGCAUUUUACAUUUUGAGUAUACUUGUUUGCAUAUUCGUUUAUUUUAUUUUCAGAUGCUUUUUUUAAAAGGGCAUUAACUAGAACCCAUUGCGUUCUCGAGAAGUGGCACAUACAACACAUUUCUAACACAAAGCAAACACGUGUUUCUCAGAUGUGGAAAAUAUUUAGCUUAAAGCUCCUGUGAGGAGUUUUCACCUGGUGAUGAAACAGACUGUUAUUAACACUGAUGCCUCUACAUGACCUUUAAAAGCUAACGAGACCAUCAGAGAGAAGAGAGGUCAUUUUUAUAUGAUUUUUUUCGCAUGAAACCGCUGCCGUAAAGGAAGGUGUCAGAUGAGUUGAGUCACAGCACGCUGCAGAAACAGCCUUUGUUUACAUUUUUCACGAUAAGGGGUUUGUUUGACUUUUUAAAGACAGCAGAAUGAGAUUAAGUACAGAGAUGAAAGGUACCGCGUUGACCACAUGGGGGCGCCAAAAUCAAACCAAAAGUUCCUCACAGUAGCUUUGAAUUGACCUACAGCUACUACAGUGGCUAAUUAAUAGUGCGUUCCCUUACCCUAACCCGCCCCCCCGAAGUCAGAAUUCUGACUUGGGAACUCGGAGAACCUUCUGUAGCCUGAGUUAAAAUCCAACAUGGCUGCUACGUGCAUCAACAUGAAGUUUAAGCGGUAACUGUAGAGCUUAUUAGCAGCUUAGUCCUCUUUUUGUGUAGUUAAAUCAGUCACACCGAUCAGCUAAAGUACAGAGUAUCGUGCAAGCGCUAUCCGAAGACAUGUUGUCAUCUUAUUUUUGCGUCACAAACUAUCCCGUAGUGUGUUUUCACCUGGCAACUGCUAACAAAACAAAGAUACUCCUGGAGGCGUCCAUGUUGUUGUCUGACUUUUUGCCAGCUCUUAACCGUUAUGCGGUUAUCUCGGGUGUGAGGUCAUUCCCAACGCCGAGAUCAGAGUUUGGAGGUAAAUGGAACGCACCAUAUGAGCUGUAGACUUGUGUUUUUAAAAAAAGAUGCAGAUCUGCAUCAGGUACUGAACUGACCUUUUUUUUUCUUGUUGUUAAUUCACAAAAAGCGAAUGUAUAUUUUCUCCCUAAUGAACAGUAUGCUGACAAGAAAAACUUGUAACAAGUUUCAAAUCAAACUUUAUGUGUUGGAUCAAAUCCUGACUUCAUUCUUAAACUGAUCUUUUUUUUUUUUUUUUAAAGGUACUGUUAGUACGAUGAUUGAGCACUCACUCUGACAGCUCGUCAGGACGUCUCAGUCUGUUGGAGUGUUUCUGCCUUUUCCUUUCUUCUGGUAACGGGUCAUUUCAUUUCAGCGCUGUCUGACUGUCCCUGCAGUGCUUUUCUGACAUGUGAUAACACUCACUUUGAAUUGUUCCUUUUAGUUGACUUCACAUGAAUAAACUGAUUCAUACUGAGAAAACAAACAAG